UUCAGGAUCAAAAUUGAAAAUAGGAUUUUAAAUAGAUAGUCAAGUACCUGAAAUAAAAAAUAAAAAGACACCUGGUCUCCGUGGUUACAAGUUUCCGACCUUUCUGUGUUUUGGCAUAUAUAAAAAUAAAGAAUUCCAAAUAUUGAGCAAAAAUGAUGCAGUACGAUGGAGAACAACCGCAGAAACAGCAUACCUGCCCUGAAGCCACGCCCCCUGACUGCUGCAAACUGGCAGCGUCACCUGAGAGACGUGCUGGCCCCGCCCCUCUGAUGCCGCCGUAAUCUCCGACGUGACGCCGGACUAUAUGUACCGUUCCCGGCAUCGCCGCGCGUCCAGACGCCGCAGAGCUUUGGUCAGGAGAGUCAGAGCGGAGCUCCGUCAGCGCACAGCUUCUCGAAAUCCCUGCUAAAGCAGCUGCAGUCAUGGGACGUCAGGAGUCGGACCACGUGUGGAAGAAGAGCACGGAGAACAUCCAGGAGGUCUUUGAUUUCAUGGAAGAGCUGGGAUCAGGGGCGUUCUCAGAGGUCUACAUGGUCAGAGAGAGGAAGACCGGCAAGAAUUUUGCUAUGAAGUGCAUCAAGAAGAAAAAGAAGAGGGACAUCAACCUGGAGAACGAGAUGGCUGUGCUCAGAAGAAUCAAACAUGAGAAUGUAGUUGGGAUGGAGGAUUUCUAUGAAAGCCGAACUCAUUACUACCUCAUCAUGGAACUUGUUUCAGGGGGUGAGCUCUUUGACCGUAUUCUGGACCGAGGGAUGUACUCGGAGAAAGAUGCCAGCAGGGUGAUUCAGCAGGUGCUGCAGGCCGUCAGCUAUCUGCACCAAAACGGCAUCGUGCAUCGCGACCUCAAGCCAGAAAACAUUCUGUACUACAGUCAGGACGAGGACUCCAAGAUCAUGAUCAGUGACUUUGGACUGUCAAAGAUGACGGACACGGGGAUCAUGUCCACAGCCUGCGGCACCCCAGGAUACGUCGCCCCUGAGGUUCUUGCCCAGAAGCCCUACAGCAAGGCAGUAGACUGCUGGUCGAUUGGAGUCAUCACCUACAUCUUACUCUGUGGAUAUCCUCCAUUCUACGAAGAGAGCGAGACUAAACUCUUCUCCAAGAUCAUGAAGGCCGAGUACGAGUUUGACUCGCCUUUCUGGGAUGAAAUAUCUGAAUCUGCCAAAGAUUUCAUACGGAACAUGAUGCAGAAGAGUCCUAGCAUGCGUUACAGCACAGAUCAAGCUCUCAGACAUCCAUGGAUUAUUGGAAAGACCGCCCGCAGCAACGACAUCUACUACUCUGUCAGCAUCCAGAUCCAGAAGAACUUUGCUCAGACCAAGUGGAAGCAAGCUUACAACGCAGCCGUCGCCAUCAACCACAUGAAGAAGCUGAAGCUCGCUCACACCGACCUGCUUCUGAGGCAGACCAGCAUCCCAGACAUCAAAAUAGUCGACGUCUCUUCCCCCACGAAAAACCGUAAACACCAGGACAAGGCGGAGCCCAGGGCCGCCGAGGCGGGCGAGAAAGGGACACACCACAUGUCCCUGCCCACGAGCCACGUCGACCUAAAGAGCCACGUCCACCCGCUGCAGGCCAGUCAGAGCCAAACCGACACUCACCACGCACCCUCCAUGGCUGAGCAGGGAAAGCACGCGUACCACUCAGAGCCGGCCAACCUCAACGGGUACACGAAGAAUCACAACGGGAGACCUUUGCAGACUGGAGUUUGUGCCAUCAUGUGAAAUGUGAAAAGAAGAAAAAAAAGUUUUUUACUUGGUCAGUGCUGGUGUUGCGACCCGGCAUCCAGCUGCAUUUGUGGCACAGGAAGAGGCGGCUGAGCCUUCAGUGGAGCCAGCAGUUGACAGGACUUCUGUUCCGGAGAGAGUGCCUACGAACCCUCCUAACCAACUCACACACAGUCAUUCAUUCAACCGAAACUCUCACUUUCAGAGCUUAUUCCAAGAGUUAUGACGGGCUCACCUGCUGCUAGGCUCGGGGUAAGGGGGACCCUGAGCUCUCUUCUUUAAAAAGCUUUAAUUUUUUUUUUAAUGCUAUAUUAUGUAUUUAUUUUUUUAUUAUAACUCAGAGUGUGUUGGAUUUAUUCAAGCAUUUUGCACUUUAUUUUUUAGUAAUUUGCUUAAGAAAGACAAAAAAUAAAAACAGUUAUUGCACUUUAAUUUUUUUUUAGAAUAUUACAGAAUAUAAAAAAUAAAUAAAAAUAAAAUUAUUGUUCUUCAGCUGAUGUAAAGUGUUACUAUGAGGCCAAUCAGUGAAUGUGUGCUUUUUUCUGCUGUCAAUAAGCAUCUUUUUGUGAUUGUAGCAGACGAUUUGACUGAUUUAUUUGCACCAUGCAAAUGCCAUUCUUUCAAUGUCAUAUGUAGUUUGACACGACAUCAAUACAAUCGACAUCAAUAGAUAUUGUGUUUUCGUGUGCUGGAAGUGAAUCACAAAGCGUUUGUACCCUCCACAGGCGUGGCAGCUUUGUGUUGAUGCAUGAACAGAUACUGUUUUCAUGUAAGCUGGGAUUCUGUGUCUAGAAAUAAAGUUUAUGAAAAAAAA